GCAGUUCCCGAUGAGCAAAGGGUUAAAAGAGGCGCAGCUAGACGCCGGUGGAGCUGAAGUCAUCCGCCAGAGCGCAAAGCGAGGAGGAGGAGAGACACAGAGAACACCUCCAAAAAACACACAUCAGGGACGAUUCAAGCUGCGGAUCUGCGCUCUGCUGCGUCCUGUUAAUCAUCAUUGUGUUCCUUCUCCCUCCAGUUAAACACAGAUAUUUAAAGGCAGAGAGAGAGAGAGAGAGAGAAGGUGGAAUGAGAAGUAAAUAAAUUAAACACGCGCAGCCCAGCGCCCCAACUAUGGCUCCAACGACGCUCGUCGGGAAGCUCGCCCAGUCUGCUUCACGGGGGCUGGCUGGAGUGCAGGAUGAGAGGUCUGCCGUGCUCCACCGAGUGUAAAACCAGGAGGAAAUAGCACCUGACAGGCGCCCCCCCCCCCCUCCGGGGACAGAAACAGACACCUUUCGCUCCUCGUAACCUGGAAACUGGAGGCUGGAAACGGCCCAGGUCUGCCGUGCGUCCAUUGCGCCUCCUUUUCAGAACUCUCCUCCCCUCACUUUCUCCCGGAGAGCCAGGACAAUCGACCGUCUCUCUGACCAACUUGGGGAAACUUUGGCCACCGGAUUACUGCCACUGAACCUGUCAGUGUAGGGUCUCCAUGCACUGAGCGCAGUGAGCAUCGCGCGCUCGGCUGCGGGGACUGGAAACACAGCUUCGGUGUGAGAUUAUUAAAAGUCCUGCAAAGUCUCUCAAAGUCCAGGGGCCACCGCAGCGAAGAUGCCGGUCCGGAGGGGCCAUGUGGCUCCGCAGAACACCUUCCUGGACACCAUCAUCAGGAAAUUCGACAGUCAAAGUCGCAAGUUUGUCAUCGCCAAUGCGAGAGUGGAGAACUGCGCCAUCAUCUUCUGCAAUGAUGGCUUCUGCCACAUGUGUGGUUACUCACGUGCUGAGAUCAUGCAGAAGCCAUGCACGUGUAACUUCCUCUAUGGGCCUGACACCAAGCGACUGGCCAUAUCCCAGAUGGCGCAAGCCCUGCUGGGAUCGGAGGAGAGGAAAGUGGAGAUCAACCUUUACCGCAAAGAUGGUCAGUGCUUCCUGUGUAUGGUGGACGUGGUGCCGGUGAAAAACGAAGAUGGCCUGGUGAUCAUGUUCAUCCUUAACUUUGAGGGCUUGACAGAGGAAGCCCUCCUAGACCGCAAACAGGAGCUCAACCACCGCCUACCCACCUGGCUUGUCACCGGUCGUCCACGAGGCUUUAAGCUGCGUCUUCCCCUUCUGCGCUCCAUGUCUAACAGUAAAGUGUCUCUAAACGACACAGAGGCAGGACACAUCCCCACUGCCACACCCCUGCCGCUGCACCCAGACCACCACGGUCAUGAGUCCCUAGGCCUGGGGGAGUUCCUGCCUCUUCCCCGCUUACCGCUAAACCACCAGGAGCAAAUCGGUGGAAGCAGGUCAGCUCUACAGAGUUGGCCAGAAGACCACCAGGAGGACCAGCACACCUUACUGGGCCCUGACCCUCCUGUACCGCCUUCUCCUCCUCCUCCACCUCCCCACAGAGCCCACCUUGUGGGUUCCCUCACCCAGUCGUCCCCCUGCGUGGCGCCCCACCACCGCCUCAGCCUCAACCCGGACGCCUCAGGCUCCAACUGCUCGCUGUCUCGCAGCCGCUCGCGGGAGAGCUUCCACAGCAUGCGUCGCGCCUCCUCCGUAGACGAGAUCGAGGCCAUGAGGCCCGACUGGGAGAGAAAGAACUGCAGAGCGAGUAUCCGACCGGGGAGCAGCAGCACUGGUGCAGUGAACAGUAAGUCCAACAUUUUAAACUCCACGUCGGACUCUGACCUCAUGCGGUACCGCACCAUUUCCAAGAUCCCUCAGAUCACCCUCAACUUUGUGGAUUUCAAAGCCGACCCACUCAUCGCCCUGCCCACAGGGGACAUGGAGAUCAUAGCUCCCUGCAAACUCAUCGACCGGACCCACCACGUCACAGAGAAAGUCACACAGGUGCUGUCUCUGGGUGCCGAUGUGUUGCCGGAGUACAAGCUCCAGGCCCCCCGCAUCCACAAGUGGACGGUGUUGCACUACAGCCCGUUCAAGGCGGUGUGGGACUGGCUCAUCCUGCUGCUGGUCAUCUACACCGCCAUCCUGACGCCCUACUCAGCCGCAUUCCUCCUCAACGACCAGGAAGAGGUAGCCAAGCAGAACUGUGGUUACUCCUGCUCUCCUCUCAACGUGGUGGACCUCAUAGUGGACAUCAUGUUCAUCAUUGACAUCCUCAUCAACUUCAGGACUACAUAUGUGAAUGCUAAUGAUGAGGUGGUGAGCCACCCGGUGCGUAUCGCCGUCCACUACUUCAAAGGCUGGUUCCUCAUCGACAUGGUGGCUGCUAUUCCAUUUGACCUGCUCAUCUACCGCAGCGGAGAGGAGACCACCACUCUUAUUGGUCUGCUGAAAACGGCUCGUCUCCUGCGAUUGGUGCGUGUAGCCAGGAAGCUGGACCGCUACUCGGAGUACGGUGCCGCUGUCCUCUUCCUCCUCAUGUGCACCUUCGCCCUCAUCGCUCAUUGGCUGGCCUGCAUCUGGUAUGCCAUCGGUAGCGUUGAGAGGAAUGGUUCAAUUGGCUGGCUCCACACGCUGGGGGACCAACUGGGAAAGCACUACAACAGCUCCGUCCUAGGUUCGGGACCCUCCAUCAAAGACAAGUACGUCACAGCUCUGUACUUCACCUUCAGCAGUCUGACCAGUGUGGGAUUUGGAAACGUGUCCCCAAACACCAACUCUGAGAAGAUCUUCUCCAUCUGCGUCAUGCUCAUAGGAUCCCUGAUGUACGCCAGCAUCUUCGGGAAUGUGUCGGCCAUCAUCCAGCGGCUGUACUCGGGGACGGCCCGCUACCACACCCAGAUGCUGAGAGUCAGGGAGUUCAUCCGCUUCCACCAGAUCCCCAACCCGCUCAGGCAGAGGCUGGAAGAGUAUUUCCAGCACGCCUGGUCCUACACCAACGGCAUCGACAUGAACGCAGUGCUGAAGGGUUUCCCGGAGUGUCUACAGGCGGAUAUCUGCCUCCAUCUGAACCGGACGUUGCUGCAGAACUGUAAGGCUUUUAAGGGCUCCACCAAGGGCUGCCUCAGGGCGUUGGCCAUGAAGUUCAAGACCACCCACGCACCCCCGGGUGACACGCUGGUCCAUGCCGGGGACGUCCUCACUGCCGUCUACUUCAUAUCCAGGGGAUCCAUAGAGAUACUAAGAGGAGAUGUGGUGGUUGCCAUCUUGGGGAAGAACGAUAUCUUCGGCGAGCCUAUCAACUUGUACUCCCGACCAGGUAAAUCCAAUGCUGAUGUGAGGGCUCUAACCUACUGCGACCUCCAUAAGAUCUUCAGAGAAGAUGUUCUGGAGGUGCUGGACAUGUAUCCUGAGUUCGCAGACCACUUCUGGAACAACCUGGAAAUCACCUUCAACCUCCGAGAUACCAACAUGAUCCCAGGCUCUCCGAGCAGUGAUGACUCGAACUGUGGGGGGUUCAACAAGUUACGCAGACGCAAGUUAUCAUUCCGAAGGCGCACAGAAACAGAUGAUGCAGAUGCUGGUGAAAUUAAAAAGUCCCAUAAGUCCGUGCGACGAAGACACAGGGAAGCAGCCAACAACCAAAAACAGGAGGAGGCACCUCAGCGGCAAUGGGAGACAAAUCGCAGCUCAGUGUCUUCACACUCUAGUGAUGAGGGGGAGGAGUCAGUUGUGACUAGACUCGCCCCUCCACCAGCAAUGCUGGAGAAUCCGCAGGCUCAGGCCAUGCCCAGGAACUACAACAGGAACACGGAGGGGGAUGGAGACCCCAAGAUUGGGAACACCUGCAACGCUCUGUCAGGUGCAUUCUCCGGGGUGUCCCACAUCUUCAGUUUCUGGGGGGAGAGUCGGAGUGGUGGUCAGUACCAGGAGGUUCCCAGCUGCAGCCUCACCUCCCCCCCGUCCCUCAACACGCCGCUGCACAGCCUGAGCCGACAUCAACGCAACCAGCUGGACACACGCCUGGACCUGCUGCAGAAACAACUCAACAGGUUGGAGAGUCGCAUGUCAACGGACAUCGGAGCUAUCAUGCAGCUGCUGCAGAGACAGAUGGCUCUGGUUCCUCCUGCCUACAGCGCCGUCUCCUCACCACCUCAGGUCUCACCCUACCCUGGUCCCUGCCCAGGACCAGGUCCAGGAGAGAGACUGGUCCAGCCUCCUGUUACACUACUGGAGACGGACACCCUGGCCUCCCUCUCACAGAUCCUGGAUUCCCAGGACUUUGAGGAGUUCCCAGCCCAGCCUCUUGACUCCCUGCAGCCCCAGGACACCCCACUGAUUAACACCAACCAGGGCCAGCUCACUCCCUCUGGACUGGACAUCCUGGGGCAGCAUCUGGAUCUGGGACUGGUCCCUGAGGCUGGAGUCAUUACUGGGCCAGGUUCAGGUGUAGGGAUAGAUUUUGGGAGCGAGGCAGCAGUGGGGUCAAGCUUAGGAGCAGGGUUAGACUUUGGUUCAAGGGUAUGUAUGGGGGCUGGGGUUGGGCCAGCAACUGGAACAGGGGCAUCUUCCCUGGAUCCUGAAACCCAAAGAAGGCUGUCCCUCCAAGAACCACAGACACCUCUGGACUCACGGACACAACACAGACACAGCUCUGACCCAGGGGGGAGCUAAGGAAGAAGCAAACGGGGGAGGAGAGUGGGAUGGAGAGAGAGCUACAGAGAGAGAAUAGGAGUGUUGUUUCUUCCUGCAGUCUCUCUUUUAACAGUUCCUCGUGGUACCCUUGGAGAUCAAGAGGCACCUUCUGCACCUACCACCAAAACCCUUUAGGGCACCCAGAGACUCUAUUUUCACCGCUGAAGUUUCACCUCUGAUCUCUUAAAAAAGGACACACAGCUCAGAGAGAGGGGAGCCAGGCCGGUGGGUUAAGGAAAGGGUUAAGGCCUCUCUCUGUCUCUCUCUUCCACAAGUCCCGCCCCCGGAGCGUUCUGAACUCCACAACGGUACAACCUUUAACCAAAACCACAACCACAGCAGAGAGGAGCUCUGCCACUUAAUAAACACAGUCCAGGUCGACCCAGAUGGAUCAGGUCUGGACCUCUCAGUCAUCUGCUGAAGGACGACACUUUACACACACACACACACACACACACACACACACCACACACACACACACACACACACACACACACACAACACGACUGCUAUUCUGUAGAAUAAUCCCUUUACUGCUUUGUCCAGUGUUGGAAGACUGACAAGAACAAGACAACAAGGGACAGAAUAACGAUGAAACCAGUAGCCAUUUACGUCUUGCACUGAAACUCCUAUUGAUAUAAUGAUUAUUCUAUUCUAUAUGUCCGUGGCGCUUCCGAUAAACUCACAAACUAGCUGGUGAAUUGUAGUGUUAGCUGGCCUAACAAGAAACCUGCUGUCCCGUUUCUGUCAUUGGUUUCACCCCCCCCCCCCCCCUGAUGUCCUGCCCCAGGAGGCGGAGCCAACGCUUUCCCCUUCCCAAGAACGAACACACUGGAUUGGCUGGUUUGCAGCUCGGGGGUGGGAACUGGAGGGUUAAAAGCCAUGAUUUUUUCUCGAUGAACAUAUCAGCUACCCGAUUAUAAACCUUGUACAGAUUCGCUGUGGAGUAAAGAACAUAUGGCACGCUUGGGCAGUGUCACGAACAGGUAAACUGGCAAACUUACAAGUUUACCACGACAAUAGCGGACCACAAGCAGCCAACUCUAAAUAAUGAAACAAGCAGGAAACCCCAGUAUAUUAAUUCCAUGAGUUGUGAUCUUAAAGCAGAACUUUGAUGAUAUGAUGACAUGGUUCUGGCUUGCUUUAAUUUCCAAAAAAUCAAAGCACAUGCAUAAGGGGAAAAUAGGCCGAGUGAUUCCAGUGUAUCAUAGUUGAAUUUGCUACCUCAGAUUCCAUUGGUCCUUACUUUUUUUCACCUGAGCAGGCACACAGAAUGCUUUCACCUUGUACGUACACGUCCGUCACGUGAUCCGUAAAAAUACAAGUUUGCCAGUUUACGAUGACCAGCCGAAUGCGCCAUUACUCUAUAUCCAGUACAAUAUGCAAACACUGGCAAGAAGAGAUCAGUGAGUGCUUUAAUCUUAUUAUAAUGUGUAGUGAGUCCAUGUCUAAACCUUUUUUACGUGUUUUAUGUUCGUCCUCGUCUGCAGAGCAUGGCGUACAGUACGUUUGCUUCCAUAAAUUGUAGAGAGUCACUGGAUUCUAAUGUUUAGGACACAUUUGUUUUCUUUGCCCUAGACUGAUGUUAGUGGCUUGUAAUGACAGAUUUUGAGUGUUUGUGUUUUGAAUAUAGACAGCACAAAUACAAAAAAAAAACCUUUACAAUGUAACUUUUAAAAUACAGAGGAGGUCAUCCAAGAAUUUUCAAUACUACAGCAGUAGUGAUCCCAGGAAGACAAAAUUGUACGUUAACACCCCUGUCUUUGGAAAUCCUUUAUAUUAAAUGCUAACGUAAGCUCAUUACCUCCCAUUAUGACGUCCUCAGAUACACAUCUGAUCCUUGUCACGUCACGCUAGGCCACCAAGCCACUAUCCUUCUUCUUGGAUGUAUGAAGAUGAGGCAUCCAUAGGGACUCGGCAUUGAAGCUUAACAGAGCCUAGUUCAAUUAUUUUGUUUAAGAAUUGAUUCUUGAUUCUUGAGCGUCUGUCACACUGCACUGUUCAGGUUCAUCAAAAAGUUACCACAGGUUUCAUUUGGCUCAGUGCAUCGGCGUUGUACUGCUGUGCUGUAUGCCACACCGUGUGGACUUCCUGCCGCCAUAGUACCCAACGUAUAACCCCAGUUUAGAAGCAAAAGGGUAGUGUGUUGAAGGGAUUUUCAAACUGUGAACUAAGAAACAUCUUUGGUCUAGGCCUCCAUCUUGCAUCUGCCUGCAUGAUAUCACUUCAGGGGAAGGUUAUGUUGUUAAGCAUGUUCAUUAAUAUCAAACAGCUACACACUAAAGCUUUAAUGGGGAAUGAUUGGAUUUCUUUUGUUUAUAAAGGUUUCUCAGGGAGCACCAUCAAGGUUGGUUCCUUUUUAAUUAAACAUCAUCAAGAGAAAGGUAUUCCAGCAUACUAAGAAUUACUGUACAGCAUAUGUAGUUUCUCAAUGGAUGUACAUUGCUGGAAUACCCAGACCAUAAUACCCAGACCAUAAUGCAGCACUGCCAGGGUUGAUCUUAUAUUUCCAAAAAAAAAAAAUUUAAUGAAACUCAAAAGUUUAACACUUGGCAAGGCACACGUCCAUCAAAUGCAUCUGGAUAGAACACAUACACUUCCCUUUAAAUCUCACUUACCAUCGUCUAUAAAAAGAAUGACUAGAAAUGUAAUUUCCCCCAGAAUUUAUGAUGUUGGUGGUGAUGGAAAUAAUCAUGUGUAGUGGUGCCAAUGUUGAAGGUCCCGCGGCAUGAGAGUUUCACUUUAUGAGGUAUUUUAACAUUAAUAUGAGUUCCCCCAGCCUGCCUAUGGUCCCCCAGUGGCUAGAAAUGGUGAUAGGUGUAGACCGAGCCCUGGGUAUCCUGCUCUGCCUUUGAGAAAAUGAAAGCUCAGAUGGGCCGAUCUGGAAUCUUGCUCCUUAUGAGGUCAUAAGGACCCCCCCCCCCCCCCCCCCCCCCCCCCCAAGGAAAACUCAUUGUGGGACUGGCUCUAGUGGCUGGAUUUCUGCAGCAACGCUGAUUUUCGGGAAAGAGACUUCAGAUACAGUCUAUAUAAAAGAGAUUUUAGAUAUGAUAUUAAGGGACCACUAAGGACUAUAUAAAAGAGACUUGAGACUUGGGCCAUGGGACCCCUAAAACAGGGUAGGUGCGGAGUCUGAACUUAACCCAGAUACCUCAGGGCAGGCAAAGCUGGACGAAAUACUAAGAACAGGUGCAAUAAUAAGGCCUUAUAGUAAAAAACGUAUUUCUUUUGCCAUAUCUUCCAGUUCUAUCAGUUUUGAGUUGCCAAGCGGAAGCGGAAAUAAAAACCUAUAACAUUUUCAAAUUGCCUUCCCUGAUACAAAAUUAUACGGCUAGACCCCACAAUGAUGAGUCGUGACAGAUGGAGAGCCUGAUGAAGUGCAUUAGUCCUUUAAACAGUUGAGACUUGUAGCAGCUUUACUGCAUCCGUUAACUUUGAGCACUUUAUUUCUUAAACAGUGCAGAUGUUUAAUAAAAGACUCAGGAACGUGUCAAUGAUGUUAGAGGGUCGAAUUUCCUUUGUCUCAGAACUCAAAACCAACCAAUCAGGAGAAAGAAACUGGAGGGACGUGACAUUUCCACAGUAACAUCCGUAACCUUAACCCUGGCGGAGUUCCCCUGUAAAGCAGAAUUGUGAAGAUUGUAUAUUUGUGCUUGCUGGUCUAAGCUCUUUGUAUUUAUUCAUUGUUGUAGGAUUGUUCUGUUUUUGUUUGCCUGUGUUGUAUCGCCUUGUCUUGGGUUAAUGAACAGGAAGUGAAGGCUUUCAUGUCCCUCCCCAUGUCGCUCCCCAUCUUGUUUCCUUUUUGUUCAUAAUCCUUAAAUGAACCGUCAUACAACCCUUCUCAAUCAUCAUUCAAUAUGUAUGAAGUGCUCUGUGAGUGGUGCACAUUAUUAUUAUUAUUACAAUUAUUACUAAUUCUAAACAGCAGAGUAGUACUCAACAGAGUGCUACACAUUAAUAUUAUAAAUAAUUAUUUUAAUUAUUUGCAGUAAUUGGACUGUGUGGCUGUUUGUAUGCAGCUAAUGUCGCGCUUUGCAAAGCUGCACUGAAUGCACAAUGUGCACAAAUAAUCAUUGGUGACAUUUUAAACUCGCAUGUACUGUAAAUGCAGCUGGAUUAUCUGGGAUUUCAAAGUUCAACCACGGAUAUUUUCAGAGUGACUUCAAAUCAUAUUUGGGCUGUGAUUCCAUUGGUUAGGAACCCAGAGGAGUGUUGUGAAGGUGAGGGUGGUUUGGAGGGCGGCACCAUAUGAGGAAUAUAUGCGAUAACGCUGUUGAAGAUUAUGAUAACUAUUGAUAAAUGAAAGUGUAGUCAGUUCUGCAUUUCUGCUGAUUUUAGUAUUCUGCUAAAAUGCAACAAAUUGCUUGUUGAAUUUAAAAUAAAUGAAAGGAAAUCAGUUCCAACAUUGUUUUACUGGACAAUUAAAUUGAAUAUUGAAUAUGACCGUUACAUUUUUAAGGGCAACUUCUGUUUUUUUCAACCUGGACCCGAUUUCCCUAAGUGACUGAUGGGAACAACAAUCUUUGACAUUGGUCCAGUAUUAUUAUAAAAAAGCCACAAUGUAAGUUAAUGGGGAAAUUUUCCAGCUUUUAUUUAUGUUCACAAAAGUGCUGUUUUGCCACUAAAAGGCUCAGAUUAAUAUUCUAAGUGUCUGACAACAUUAUGAAAAGGAUCCCUCCAAAGAUAGAACUUUAAUACCUCUUUGAGACCUUUCUGUUUAACCAGAAACAGUCCCUAGCGCUUAACCCACCAGACUCCAUUUAAAAAAAGCGAUGUUCUUAGCGUGGACAGAGCCAACGUAUUCUCACAUGUAAACUGGCAAACUAUGUGUUUAUUUCAACCAAAACUAGAGUUGUGAUGGUUGGAAAA